UCUGCUCAGGUGACCUGUGGUUCUGCAGGUAUCCCUGGAAUUCCAGGAAAUCCCGGAAGAGAUGGUAUACCCGGAUCACGUGGGAGGGGAGCCUGGAGAGAGAGAGGAAAUGAUUACGCAGAUCUGGUGAAGUCAAAUUGGAAACAAUGUGCUUGGAAGAGAAGGGAUAGCAAAGAUACUGGCUUGAUACAGGUUAACAAAAAUUAAGAAUUUUGAAGUCGAGUAUUUGAAAAAAGAUCUUUUGUAUCAGUCAAAUCCAAGCAUGCCGCCCCUCCCCCUUCCCCCCGCCCCCUCUGAGGCAAACCCCAAGAAAUCUAUUUUUUAAAUUCUAGCACUUUAGUGUCCUGUUGGACAUCUUCCUUUAGUUUCUAGUGAUAAUUAGUGAGAAGAUAUUCUUACAACCUACUUCGUUUAAAACGACGAAUUUUUACACUGCAACUAAACCCAAAGGUAGGCCAAAUCUUAAGACAAUCAUAGUCUCGACCUAAUCUAUUCCUUACCUUAAGCCUAAUCUAUCCUAAUCUUUUGAAGCCUAAUUUAAUCCCAACUCUGAUCUCAAGCCUAAUCUAAUUCUUACCGUGAGUCUAAUCUAAUCCUCACAUUUUCUUAAUCUAAUCCUUUAACCCUUUGAAGCCUGAUUUAAUCCUUACCCUAAACCUAAUCGUAACCUUAUCCUAAUUACCAUUUGUCUGUUCUGUUCAUAUAGAACUGUAUUUUCAACAAGAAAUACGACAACACCUCACUCCGUGUGUUCUACAAAGGAAACGUACGUUCUUAUGGCAGUAAUGUUUGCAAUCGAUGGUAUUUUACAUUUGAUGGCGCAGAAUGUACAAAACCAGUGACUAUUGAAGGAGUUGUUUACGUUGGAUCAACCCGCGAAAACCCCCAUCGUCACCGCCAUAUUGAAGGCUACUGUAACCAGGUUCCUGACCUCCAAAGGUCACAUACAUGUGGGGUUCUGGAUAGGCAAAUGUGA